AUGAUCGUGGUUGGAGGACUGCUCCGUGUUAGUUUUCGCGGUAAUGAUCUAUCUGGAAAAAUUCUUUUGGAUGCCAAUCAAUGGCAUCAUGUUACCUAUUCCUAUGAUCCUUUGAUAUUACAACAACGUAUUUACGUGAACCGAAUUUCUGAUGGAAUUCAAACGGCUAUCGUUGCAUUUCCACAAAUUACAGAUGUUAUAACUGUUGGUACGGCACCGGUAAUUCCUUUCACAGUUCCUAAAAAUGGUUUUAUUGAUAAAUUAACAUUUGAAUCGCGUGUAAAAAGCUUCGAAGAAAUUCUUGAUGAAGCAACUCUUGUUGCUUAUUAUCCAUUUGAUAAUUCAUAUGAUGAUGUUGGACCAAAUCGAAUGAUUAACAGUACAUUUCUUUCAACAACAUUUGAUUCAAAUGGUCGAUUCGGUCAAUGUUUAUUAAUUAAUUCAACAAAUUUAUCUUACUUUCAAGCAACAGGUUUUCAUUAUCUUGCUCAAUCAGAUUAUCCAUUUUCAUUUUCAUUAUGGAUUUAUCCAUUUGUUAAUAGUGGGACUAUUCUCCAGGUCAGUUCCGAAACCAGAUCGUGUGUACCAACAAUUGGUUUCGAUUCGUCAGGUCGCCUAACAAUUCAAACAUCAGAUAGCAUUGGUGUCUAUUCAAGUUCAUUUACUUCUGGAAUGAUCUCAUUAAACCAAUGGACUCAUAUAGUUAUGACUUAUUCCAAAACUAACGGUAUUCAACUAUUUGUUAGUGGACUAUUUUCAAGUGAAUAUAUUAAAUAUCGUACUUAUUUAGCAACAGGUUCAAGACAUACAAUCCUUGUAGGAACUUGUCUUUCACCAGACACUUGUUCUCAUGGGAAAACACGAAUUGUUCCAUCGCAAUUUCGAGGAAAGAUUGAUGAACUGAAAAUCUUUUCUCGUGAAUUAUCCUUCACUGAAAUCGCUCAAUUAGCUCAAGUAACAAUUCCAUAUGAAUACGGUUCAUCUAUUUUAUGGCAGUUUGAUAACAAUGCUUUAGAUAGCAUAUCGAAUCUUCAUGGAGUAACUGUUAAUUAUUGGAUUUACAACUUACGACAAUUAUUGCAACGACAUCGUAAUAUUGAAGGUGUAACAACACGUAUGAUGUUAAUUCAAAUGUUUGUUAUAUUCUUAAGUGGAAUUCUUGCAGCUAUAUGCAUAAUAUAUUUAUUAGCUAUAUCGAAUAUGCCGAAAACACGUCAUAAGGUCAUCAUAUGA